CUGAUAUCAUAUGUCAUGAAGAUGACCACAUUGUACGAUUUACGGGACGAAGACUGGAAUAAAGAAGCCAUGGAAGGCAUCGAAGACUGGAUCACCGACCCCCGAUCUUUAAUACUCUGCGUUUAUUUUAAGGGGGAUAAAUUAAAAGCUGCCUGUGACAUUCCUCUGUCUCCUGUAUACGAUCUUACAUACUUUUUAAGGCAGCCCGAUCAAGUUUUUAAAGUUGAAACGUUUCACGAUGAAGUUGUAUUCGGAACUUUUGUGGAUUCGGUCGAAUCUAAUUUAAUUCAAAUAUUGGAAUUAAUGUACGCGCCUUAUUUCUUUGCUGUCACUACAUGGCCAGACAGUGUUAAAAGUGAAUUUUGUUCCCAAUUGCACACAUUUCUGGCAAAAUUAACGGAUAUGUAUUACAAAAUGCUCGGAUUGACCGUUCUGUAUAUACCGCGUGAGGGUCAGCAACUCUCGUUCGAAGUGGCAAGCACUGACCGUGAGUUAGUUAAGAGAUUAGAGGGAGUGGUCGUGUACUGGACACAUCAGAUCAAGUCUUGUAUUGAAGAUCAAGCAUCUGUCGCCUCGCAAAAGGAACUCUUAUGUCCUAGUGACGAAUACGAUUUUUGGGUUUAUCGACAUGAAAAUUUAAGCGCACUCGUCCAUCAAUUGAAAAAUCCAGCUGUAAAACACAUUACGAAAAUUCUCGUUACCACCCAUUCUACAUUCAUACACCAGUUCCAAGCUCUUUGCGAAGAAAUUAAGCAGAAGAUAAAGGAAGCAACCUCCAACAUUGAAUACUUACAAAUUAUAAAACAGCCCUGUGCCGUCUUAGAAUGCGUCGUUGACCCGGAUGACAUUUGCAAAAACAUUCCGCAAAUUAUCAAUCUCUUCAGAUUUAUCUGGAUGGAAUCUCCUUACUACAAUUCAGAAACGCGGAUUACCAAUCUCUUUAAGGCCUUGAGCAACCAAAUCAUUAUUCUUUGCAAAAAUUAUAUUAGGUUGGAUGAACUUUUUGGCGGUAAAACUAAGAAGGCUUUGGGAGAAUUCACGAAAUGUAUAGAUUGUUGCAAAAAGUAUAGAGAAAUUUAUGAUCUAAUGGUAGAGGCACACAGUGAGUCAAAGCCAGGCACUUGGGAAUUGGACACUGGGUCUAUAUUCAAUUACAUUGAUUCAUUUGUGCAGAGAUGUUUUGAUAUGUUGGAUGUUUGCAAUUGUAUGAUUAUUUUUGGGAGAAUUGACGAACUCGAAACUAUAAAUAAGCCUAUGUUUGGUGGAGCCCACGGGGAUCAAUUCGAGGCGAAAUGCGACCAGAUCGAACAUAUGUUCCAAGAUGCACUUGAUAAUGUGAAGGCAGUAGCACAUAAUAUAUUAGAUGUACAAGCGCCGUCUUGGUACGACGAUAUCUUGCAGUUUAGAACGGUUAUUAAGGAUAUUGAGAUCAUCAUAGAAAAUUUAGUGGAAACCGUUUUUGAAGGAGUCAAUCACGUAGAAGAAGCAGUCGUAGCUCUUUUUUCCUUGCACAACUAUUCCAGACGGAAGAAUCUUAGGCGUAUUUUUAAAAGGAAGACUGCUGAAGUGUGGGCAAUGUUCAGCGAGGAGGUACAGGCGGCUAAAAAAGAGACGGUGUCGAGCCGCGGCACGCGCGCCGGAACGCUACCCGCCGCCGCUGGACGCGCUGCCUUAUUGCGAGCACGUCGAGAUCGAUUGGCUUAUCUUAAGAAGGUUAUGACAGAUGCGUCAGUAUGGCUAUUGCCUUGCAGCAACUCUGAGGAUGUGAUCAUGCACGUGAAUAGGCUCGUUGGAGCCAUAGAUGUCGCGAUCAGGGAACUAUGGAUAUCUUGGACGCAUAAUGUGGAUGAAAAAUGUGCUGCUGGCUUGAACAGAACUUUGAUGAGAAAGAGUGCGGAAAACCCUGGGCUAUUGGAGUGUAAUAUUGAUGUCAAUAUCUUGGAGUUAUGCAAGGAAGCAAGCCAUUGGGAAAAUUUAGGAUUGGAUAUACCCUUACACGCCUACCAGGUAUACAUGAAGAGCAAAUCUAUAUUCUACGUUUAUGAGAGCGUACUGGCAGUUGUGAAGGGUUACAAUAACAUACUAGACUCCCUAUCUGAAGAAGAGAGACUAUUGUUCAAACCACUCACCUUGGCUUGUGAAAAGAAAGUUCAACCGGGAAUUACAAAGUUAACAUGGACAUCGACAAUGUCUGAUGCUUACAUUGCAGAUUGCGUAACUCAGAUCGGAGAAUUGCAAGAUUUCUUAAACACAUACAAAAAUUGUAACAUAAAUUUAGUAAAAAUAAUGGAAAAAAUUUGUGACACACCACUUAUUGAGUUUGAUAUUUAUAAUGUAUUUGAGAUAAGUGUACUACGAAAGACAAUAAGGGAAAUGGAGGAGAAGGCAGCUGCUAAAAUAUUAGACAUGUAUAAGGAAAUCAUAACGUAUAUUAUUAUUGUUUAUGAGGGUUUUGAGGCACAUAUAACACAAAUGGCAGAUCAUUGGAUAAAGUAUGUUAAAAGAUUCGAUCGCUUGUUAGAGGAUGCAUUACGCUUAGCGAUUAAAGCUACAAUGCAAAAUAUGUAUAAAGCGGUACAUGGUGACGGUACAAUGGCACCAUCGCCUCUAAUUAAAAUGAGUCUGUAUUUAACUGGUAAAAAUAUUACAUUCAUCCCAAAUCAACAUGAAUUAGUAGAAACUUUCAAGAUAAUAAUUGAAGAAAUUACUCAUCUCAUAAGUACAAUACCGAGAUUGUAUGAGAAGUUCGGAUUACCAGCCGGUGGAUUGAAAAAGUUUACAGAGGUGAUCAAGGCGGAUGUGGAUAGCAAUAAAUUACAAACUUUAAUAAAUGCUGAAAUAGAAUAUAACUUAGCUCUUGUAAACGAACAUAUUCACAUGUGGGAUCCGUAUGCACAUAUUUGGAAAGUAAAUAAGGAUGAAUUUAUGGUGAAUUAUCGAGCAGAAGGUCACGCAGCCGCUGAUUUUGAUGAACUCAUUAUCAACUACAGCAAUCUCGCUAAUGCUGUCCAAAUACAAGAAACUGUUACCCAAAUUCACUUUAUUACUUUAAACUCUAGUGAAUUAAAGAAGUCAAUUAUAGCACAUUGUCUCGUGUGGCAAACCAAAUUGGGAGAACUACUGAGAAAAAUAACCGAAUCGGAUAUUGAUGUAGUGUACGCUUACAUAGAAAAAAGUGGUGUGGAAGCCAUGACUAUGCCUACAGAUUUAAAAGAAUUAGCUUCAGCAAUGGCUACAUAUGAGCGCUUGGUAUCAGAAAUACCUCAAAUAGAGAAAACAUUCCCUCCCAUUACAGACAAAAUGACGACUCUUGCCAAGUUUGAGGUCGAGCUUAGUUCGGACAUGGCUACUCGGCAUGAAAAUAUUCCUGUUGCUUGGACCGAAUAUCUUAACUUAUUAGAAGAAGCAAAGAAAGCACUAGAGAUGAAUAAAGACAAAUUUAAAACUGAAUUAUUAGAACAAGCAGAGGAAUUUAAAGAAGCUGCUAAAGAAUUUUGUGAAGAUUUCUAUAAAACUGCGCCUUGUAGCUCUGACGUCGCUGGUAAAGACGCGUUAGCUCAAUUGAAAGCCUUUAGAGAUCAACUCAAUGCUCUUCGUGCUCAAGAGCAACAAAUAAGAGAUGGUCUUGCUGUGUUUAAUUUAACGACACCUGUGAAUCUAGACUUGCAAAAGAUGGAGAAAGAGCUGGAAAAAUUGGAAGAAGUGUGGGGCUUGGUGUUUCAGUGGGAGGAGUCUUGGGAAAAAUAUAAAACGCAAACCUUCUGGGAAAUGGAAACAGAUGAAAUGGAAGAUAACGUCAUGUUUCUAUUUAGGAACUUCAAUCGUCUCUCGCGUCAACUCAAAGACAAAGGUUGGGAUAUUAUUGAUACGACCAGGGUAAAAGUCGACGCUUUUCGACGAACUUUACCUUUAAUUGGUGAUCUUAAAAAUCCUUGUAUGAGAGAGAGACAUUGGGAUAGAAUAAAAACUCUUAUGGGAGUAGAAUUUGAUCAGAAUUCUGAAGAUUUUAAGCUUGAAUUAAUUAUGAGACUGAAUUUUCAAGCGUACGCUGAGGAUAUUGCUGAAAUAUCAAAUGCUGCCACAAUGGAAUUGAAUAUAGAGAACGGUCUUAAGGCAAUACGAGAAGUAUGGAAAGCCACGACAUACGAAAUGCAGCAUCACAAAGGAGAAAUGUAUAGAAUUAAAAACGUAGAAGAUGUUUCACAAUUCCUAGAAGACCAUCAAGUUCAACUUUCCUCAAUGAAAUCUACAAAAUACGUUGAGCCUUUCAUUAAAGAAGUUGAUUAUUGGGAAAAAUCUUUGGGAUACGUAGCAGAGUGUAUUGAGAUAUCUCUACAAGUUCAAAGACGGUAUCUAUAUUUAGAAAGUAUAUUUAGUGGUGAAGAUAUUAGAAAACAAUUACCAAAUGAGGUAAAAGUUUUUGAUGCGCUAACUGCUGAUUGGACUGAAAUUACUAGUAGCAUGUAUGCUGGAAAAAAUGCAGUUGAAGCAUGUCUGUAUAAACCAGCUCCAUAUUUAUUCAAUAAAUUGAAUCAAAUGGUUGAUAAUUUAGACGGAAUAUUGCGUGCUUUAGAAAAGUAUCUCGAAACGAAAAGACAAUUGUUUCCUCGAUUCUAUUUCAUAUCAAACGAUGAUCUGCUAGAAAUCUUAGGAAAUUCAAAGAAACCACAGCUUAUUCAAGUUCAUUUGAAAAAGUUAUUUGACAAUGUGAAUAAAAUUAGAAUUGAUAAGAACGCUUUGGGGUUGCCAGUAGCUAAAGCCAUGAUGUCCGACGAUGGCGAGUGUAUAGAGUGGAAGUAUAAUCUGGUGUUAGAUGGUCCAGCAGAGGUGUGGCUUUUGGGCUUGGAACACACCAUGAGGGUUGUUUUGAGAGAGCAAUUAAUAUUAACUCGAGCUGCAUUAAGAAAAUGUCGUUAUCAAAGAGAACAGUGGAUCAAUGACUGGCCGGGUCAGCUUGGAAUCACGAGCAGUAAGAUCCAAUGGACUUCCGAUUGUACUAGAACAUUAUGUCGCUGCGAGAUCAUGAAAGAAAAGAAACCGUUAAAGAAGUUGCGCAAGAAACAGAACCAGAUCCUCGCCACUUUACAGAUGAUGUCCCGGAAGGAGAUUACUAAGAUAUUGCGUUGCAAAGUGAACGCGUUGUGUGUGAUUGAGAUACAUUCUAGAGAUACUGUGGAUAGGCUGUAUAAAAUGGGGUGUAUGUCGGUAACAGCGUUCGAAUGGUUCUCUCAGCUAAAAUUUUACUGGGAUAGAGAACGCGAGGACUGCUAUAUCAGGCAGACUAAUACGAACUCGAUCUACACGUAUGAGUAUAUUGGCAAUUCUGGUCGUUUGGUCAUAACGCCACUUACUGAUAGAUGUUACAUAACACUGACAACAGCGUUACAUCUAUUCCGAGGUGGUAGUCCUCAAGGUCCAGCUGGAACUGGUAAAACGGAAACCACGAAAGAUCUCGGCCGUGCGUUAGCUAGAUGGGUGGUGGUCACUAACUGUUCUGAUGGUCUCGAUUAUAAGUCCAUGGCUAAGUGUUUUGCAGGUAUAGCCCAAAGUGGUUGUUGGGGCUGUUUCGACGAAUUCAAUCGAAUCAAUAUCGAAGUAUUAUCGGUAGUGGCUCAACAAAUCCUUGCAGUACUUCUGGCGUUAUCUCUAAACCAAAAGCGAUUUAUGUUCGAAGGUGCUGAUAUAAAGCUUGAUGGGAAUUGUGGAAUCUUCAUUACUAUGAAUCCUGGUUACGCUGGAAGAACAGAAUUGCCGGACAAUUUGAAAUCGAUGUUUCGACCUAUUGCGAUGUGCGUCCCAGAUUCACUUAUCAUUGCUGAGAAUACUUUGUUCUCCGAUGGUUUUACGGCAUACAAGAUCAAUGCGAAAAAGGUGUUCACGUUGUACCAACUCGCAAUGCAACAGCUAUCAAAGCAAGAUCAUUAUGACUUCGGUCUCAGAUCGAUGGUCGCAUUGUUGAGAUACGCCGGAGUUAAGAGGCGAGCAUAUCCAAACUUGCCAGAACAGGAGAUGGUGAUCUUAGCAAUGAGAGAUAUGAAUGUCGCUCGCUUAACCUCUAAGGAUGUUCCUUUAUUCGAUGGUAUAAUGAGAGACAUAUUUCCUGACGUGGAAAUACCCACACUUGAUUAUGAGAUGUUGGAAAACGCCAUAUCUGCGGAAAUGAGGCAACUCUCUCUGCAACCAAUUAGGGCUGCUCUGCAUAAAGUGAUACAGACUUAUGAGACAAAGAACUCUCGCCAUUCUAGCAUUCUCCUCGGCGAUACAAAUACCGCUAAAACGGUUUCUUGGAAAAUGUUAGCCGCUACCCUCAGUCGCUUGCAUCGAGAGAAAGUACCCGGGUUCGAAAACGUGCAAGUCUAUCCGAUGAAUCCGAAGGCUCUGACGCUAGGGGAAUUGUACGGGGAGUACAAUUUGGCUACAGGGGAGUGGAAGGACGGUGUUUUGUCGUCCAUAAUGAGAACCACUUGUCAAGAUGAGUCUCCGGAUCAAAAGUGGAUAAUUUUCGACGGUCCAGUCGACGCUGUGUGGAUAGAAAACCUCAAUUCUGUGAUGGAUGACAACAAGUUGCUUACAUUGGUCAAUAGUGAGAGAAUAUCUAUGCCUUCUCAGGUUUCAUUGCUAAUAGAGACAUUAGAUCUAGCCGUCGCCUCACCCGCAACAGUAUCACGUAACGGUAUCGUCUACAAUGAUUAUAAGGACUGGGGCUGGUGGCCCUUCGUCAAUUCUUGGCUUGAAUCUGUUUCUGAUUUGGAGUAUAGAGAAAUGUUACGUCGCCUGUUCGCCGGCACAUUGUCGCCAGUGCUGGAGCUGGUUCGCAAGCUACGCGAGGGCGGCAGUGUGCGUGGCCAGCAACUAUCGGGCGUGCGAGCCAUGUGUCGUCUGCUAUCACGUGUCGCCCCGGACCCACCCGAUGAGACCUUCGCUAAGAUGAGAUUUCUCUUCGCGAUGAUAUGGUCAGUAUGUGCAACAUUGGAUGAAGAGAGUCGUCGUAAAUUAGACAACUGGGUGAGGGAACACGAGGGACUGUUCCCGCUGAAGGACACAGUAUACGAUUACUACGUUGACGAGAGAUUGAGAGAGUUUAAGCCCUGGGAAGACAAACUGCCAGAUAAUUGGAGAUAUAAUCCAAGUCUAGGUUUCCAUACAAUAUUGGUUCCAACGGUGGACUUUAUUCGAGUACAAAUAGUUGCUCUGGAAGUUAUUCGAGGUGGGCAAGGAGUUCUGGUGGGGGGACCCACAGGAUGCGGCAAGAGUUGCUUGUUGUAUGGCACGCUGGCCGGAUUGGAUCGGGAUAGAUAUAGCACACAAGUGAUCAACAUGUCUGCGCAGACCACAGCCGCGAAUGUCCAAGACAUCAUAGAAGCUAGACUCGAGAAGAGGACGAAAGGAAACUAUGUGCCCGCUGGGGGUAAGAAGCUAAUAACGUUUAUGGACGAUAUAAAUAUGCCGGUCCGGGAUGAGUAUGGUUCUCAACCACCAUUGGAGCUGAUACGUCUAUGGUAUGACUAUGGGUUCUGGUUUGAUCGCCAGAAGCAGUGGAGGAAGAAUGUUAAGGACAUGGUGGUUUGUGGUGCGGCGGGCCCAGCGGGGGGUGCUCGGUCCCCACUACCAGCUCGGCUGCUAUCUCGCUUCCAUGCUUUCUACCUUCCCUCACCUUCACACGGACAGCUGGUCAAUAUCUUCGGAACCAUGCUCGACCAGCAUUUGCGAGACUUUGAUGAGGAGACCAAGACGCUUGGAAAAAUAGUUCUGACAGCAACUAUAGAUAUGUUCAACAAUAUAGUAGCGAAGCUACUGCCGACACCCAGUAAGAUGCACUAUUUGUUCAAUUUGAGAGACAUAUCAAAGAUAUUCCAAGGUCUCUUGAGAAGUAAUAAGGAUUACCAGAACACGAAACCGCGCUUCCUUCGUUUGUGGGUUCACGAGUGUUUCAGAGUUUUUAGUGAUCGGCUCACCGAAGAUAAAGAUCGUGACUGGUUCAUGAACCAGAUGGGCGACAUGCUGGGCAAGCACUUUGAACUAACCUUCCACGCCCUCUGCCCGUCCAAAACUGCACCGAUAUUUGGACAUUUCCUCAAUCCUUUCGAAGUUUAUGAUGAUCUUAACGAUCCUAAUGCUUUGAGAAAAUAUAUUUCCAAUCAAAUGGAGGAGUACAACAGCUGCCCAGGGGUCGUGAAGAUGGAUUUGGUUUUAUUCAAAGAUGCUAUUGAGCAUAUUUGCCGUAUUGUUCGCGUUAUAUCACAACCACGCGGACAUAUGCUCUGUGUUGGAAUAGGUGGGUCUGGUCGACAGAGCUUGACGCGCGUAGCGUCGUAUAUCUGUGAAUACAACUCAUACCAAGUUGUAGUGACUAAGACUUACGGGAUUAAGGAUUUUCGAGAAGAUUUGAAGGCGUUAUACACUAGCUGUGGUGUCGACACCAAAAAGACGACAUUCAUAUUCUGCGACACUCAGAUAGUUGAAGAGACGUUUACUGAGAUCGUGAACAAUCUCCUCAGUAGUGGAGAGGUCACCAAUCUGUAUAAGGCCGAUGAGUUCGAAGAUAUAAAACAAGCAUUGGAGAAGCCGAUGAAAGCAGCGAACUUACUGCAGACAAACGAAUCCGUAUACUUGUUCUUAGUGGAGCGCGUGCGAGCCAAUAUGCACAUUGUACUGUGUUUCAGUCCGAUUGGUGAUGAGUUCAGAAAUCGCAUCCGGCAAUAUCCAGCGCUUAUUAAUUCGACGACAACGAAUUGGUUCUUGGAGUGGCCGCGUGAAGCGUUGCUUGAAGUAGCUUACAAGUUCCUUGAGGGUGUUGAGCUACUUGCUUCUAUUACUGGCCCUAGAGUUCGCAGAAAGGAGUCUCUGAUUGAGAGUCGUGAAGAUACUUUACGAGCAUCAGUAGCAUCUAUAAUGUCUCUGAUACACUCGUCAGUUGGACAGUACUCUGUGAAGAUGUGGCGUGAGAUGAGAAGAACUAACUACGUCACUCCUACUAAUUAUCUUGAACUGGUCUCAGGAUAUAAGGAGAUGUUAAGGCUAAAGAGGAUCGAAAUAGCUCUACAGGCGAACAAGUUGCGAAAUGGCUUAGGUAAAGUGGAAGAAACGACGAAAUUAGUCGGUCAAAUGUCCGAAGAAUUGGCUACAGCUCAGGUGCAAGUGGCGGAGUACACGGCGCAGUGCGUGGAGUACAUGGGCGUCAUCAACGCGCAGCAGCGCAACGCCGACGAGCAGCAGCGCAGUGUCGCCGCGCGCAGCAAGAAGACGCAGGAAGAGGAGGUUCAGUGUAAGAAGCUAGCCGACGCCGCCAUGCGCGACCUCGCUAGCGCCAUGCCGGCCCUCGAGGAAGCCGUCAAGGCCUUGGAUGCCCUCAACAAGAAGGAUAUUACAGAAGUAAAGUCGUAUGCAAAGCCUCCGCAAAAAGUGGAAAUGGUAAUGGAGGCUGUACUUAUUUUGCUGCAGAAAGAACCAACUUGGGCAGAAGCGAAACGACAGCUGGGCGACCAAUACUUUCUGGAUAGAUUACGAGAUUUUGACAAAGAUAAUAUAGCUGAUAAAACGUUGAAGAAAAUCGGCACUUACACGGCAAAACCAGACUUUGAUCCAGAAAUAGUUGGAACUGUGUCUCUUGCAGCUAAAUCGUUGUGUUUGUGGGUACGAGCCAUCGAGAAGUAUGGAAAAGUUUACAAGAUAGUAAAACCGAAGAAAGAACGUCUAGAAGAGGCUCUAGAAUCUUUACGUAUGAAGCAACAGAUAUUAGCCGAAGCGCGCGCGAAACUUAAGGAGCUGAGUGAAAUGAUCGCUCGCUUGCAAAAGGAGUAUGAUGAAAAGGUGGCCCAAAAAGAGGAAUUGGAGAGGAAAUCCAGGAUGCUGCAAUUGAAACUAGAGCGAGCUGAAGCUCUCAUCACUGGUCUUUCAGGUGAGCGAGAAAGAUGGGAAAUGACAGUGGAACGCCUAGACAAAGAAUUUGACAACCUACCCGGUGACUGUCUUAUCGCGACAGGAUUUGUAGCCUACCUCGGACCCUUCGUAUCUGAGUAUCGCGAAGACUUGAUGGGAGAUUGGUUUAGAGAGGUAUACAAUGAAUCAUUACCAGUAACGAUGGAUCUAAGUAUGAAGGUAUUUCUUCUUGACGAUGCAACUCUGAGGGACUGGAAUUAUAUGGGGCUACCAGAUGAUAACUUCAGCGCUGAGAAUGGUAUAAUAGUAGUUCGAGCAACACGUUGGCCACUAGCUGUCGACCCUCAGGGUCAAGCGCUUAUAUGGAUUUCAAGACUGGAGGAAAAGAACGAUAUUCAGAUUGUCGACUUUGGUCAGCCUAAUUAUCUGAAAAUCAUGGAAGUUUGUCUAUCAGAAGGAAAGCCCAUCAUUGUCCAGAAUGUAGGCGAGGUUCUCGAUCCAUCCAUCGCACCUAUUUUGGACAAGGCUAUCGUCAAAAUCGGCGCUGAUUUGGUAAUUAAGUUUAAUGAGAAAAUGGUGCCAUAUAAUCUCGCAUUUAAAAUGUAUCUAACAACAAAACUUGGUAAUCCAGUGUACACACCAGAAACAUUGACCAAAACCACAAUGGUUAACUUUGCGGUAAAGGAACAGGGUCUGACCGCUCAACUACUCAGUAUCGUGGUUCGGAAGGAAAGACCGCAACUGGAGACAAUGAAGGAUAAUCUCGUGAUGACAAUUGCUAACAACAAGAAAGUUCUGAUAGAUUUGGAAAACGAUUUGCUCCGAAUAAUGUACGAGUCACAAGUGCCUCUACUGGAGAACGAGGAGUUGUUUUUAACCCUCCAGACCUCACAGCGGACAUCUCUCGAAGUUAAAGAAGCACUCGUCACGUCACAGGAGACUGAGAAAGAGAUCGACAGCGCUAGACAGGGCUACGUUCCAGUAGCAGUCCGAGCAUCUGUCCUAUUCUUCGCCCUCAACGACCUAUCACGCAUCGACCCCAUGUACCAGUUUUCGCUGGACGCCUACAUCGACCUGUUCACGUACUCCAUCGACCGCAGCCCUAAAGGCGGAGAGCUGGAGGACAGGAUCAAUAACCUCAAUGAGUUCCACACGUUUGCUGUUUAUAAAAACACAUGUCGUGCCUUAUUCGAGCGUCAUAAGCUACUCCUAUCCUUCCACAUGGUGUCCCGGAUUCUCUUUCAGAUGGGCAAAAUGAGCCAACACGAAUAUUUGUUCUUACUCAAAGGAGGCAUAGUACUGGACCGAUCGGAACAGCCUGAUAAUCCUACGAAUUGGUUACCUGACGACUGUUGGGACAAUAUCACGGAACUGGACAAGCUGCCCGGCUUCCACGGUGUUAUUGACAGCUUCGAGGUGUUCUCGAAGGAAUGGAAAGAAUGGUAUCUUCAUCCUGAACCUGAAACCCAGCCUCUUAUUGGUGACUGGAACGAGGUGUGCAACGAGUUCCAGCGCAUGUUGUUCGUCCGCUCGCUGCGCGGCGACCGCGUGGCGGCGUGCGUCAGCGCCUACGUCGUCAACGUGCUGGGGCCGCGGUACGUGGAGCCGCCCGUGCUCGACAUCAAGGCGGCGUGGGAAGAGUCAACCUGGAAGACUUCCCUCCUAUUCGUACUGUCACCGGGAGUGGAUCCAACAUCAGCUCUAAUCCAACUCGCCACUGAUGUUAAAAUGUUCGAUAAAUUCCAGUCCCUUAGCUUAGGGCAAGGACAGGCACCCACUGCGGCAAGAAUGUUAGCACAUGGAAUGAAGGAGGGUGGUUGGGUGUUCCUCGCGAAUUGUCACCUCGCUUGUGCCUGGUUGGGAGCACUACGAGGUCUCGACAACCCCCGAAUUCAUCCGCGUUUCCGUCUCUGGCUCUCAUCCAUGCCAGACGAGAAGUUCCCCUUAUCAGUACUACAGCGAUCUAUCAAGAUGACCACAGAACCACCACAGGGUUUGAAGGGAAAUUUGGUACGAAUAUUUUCGAAUCUAAACGAAGACAAAUUCGACGAAGCGACUCCCAAGUAUCGACGACUACUCUUCUGUGUGUCCUUCUUCCACUGCUCUCUUAUAGCUCGUAAACGCUUCCGUCAGCUUGGAUAUAACGCUGUUUAUAGCUUCAAUGAUUCUGAUUUUGAGGUUUCUGACAACCUACUUGCGAAUUACUUAGAAGAAUACGAAGAGGUACCAUGGGAUGCUCUGCGGUAUUUAUUCGCCAUCAUCAACUAUGGUGGGCAUAUUACGGAUGAUUGGGAUAAACGUGUUCUGAUCGCGUAUAUUAAUCAAUUCUUUUGCGAAGAGGCCCUGGAUACUCCGUUUUAUAGAUUAUCAAGUAUACCCGCAUACCACAUCCCACGUGACGGUAGCCUGGAAUCGUAUCGAGACUUCCUCGACCUGUUGCCAGCGUCCGAGCGCGCUGAGUCAGUGGGGCAGCACGCGUCUGCUGACGUUGCUACUUUAGCUCAGGAUGCCCGGAUUAUGUGUUCAACUCUGUUCGCGUUGGCGUCCACAGGGGGUGGUGGUGGUGGGGGUGGGGAAGAUCAGAAGGUGGACGAUCUAGCAGCAGAGAUGCUCUCAAAGCUACCGGCCUGCAUCGAUGUGGAGACCACCGAGCGUAUGAUGGGGCCGGAGAUCGUGAUGCCCAUGUGCGUGUCGCUGUUGCAGGAGAUCGGCUACUACAACGUGCUCAUCAACAACAUUGUUGCUGGACUCCAGGAGUUACGUCGCGCUAUAGAAGGCUUAGUGAUAAUGUCUGAAAUACUGGAGACAAUGUAUACCUGUAUUUUCGAAGGCAAAGUACCAGUGUUCUGGCAGAAGGGUAGGCCUUCGUUGAAACCUCUGGGCGCAUGGUGCCGUGAGCUGUGGUUGCGAGGCUCACACCUGCAGAGCUGGGCCAACGCUCCGCGCUCCCCUCCCACACUGUGCUGGUUGCCGGCCUUAGUUGCGCCCACGGGUUUCCUUACUGCUGUCAUGCAGACGACAGCUCGCGGGGAAGGCUGGCCGAUAGACACGCUGUGUUGGGAGUUUACCGUCAUGCCACUAGAGGAGACUGCCUUUGUGAGGCCGCCCAGAGACGGUGGCGUCUAUAUACGAGGCUUAUACCUCGAAGGAGCGAGUUGGUUCCGGAAAGACGGAUACUUGCAGGAACCACUUCCGAUGCAGCUGGUGUUUCCUAUGACACCCAUACAUUUCAAACCAGUUAGAGCGACUGGGAGACGGCUUAGAAAUCGUUAUGUCUGUCCGUGUUACUACUACCCUCUUCGAAUGGGUGCCUUCGUGGUUGCAGUCGACUUACACUCUGGAAAGGAAAAUUCAGACUUUUGGGUCAAAAGAGGCACGGCGUUACUCUGUACGCUUGCCACUUAAUUUGUUUGAAGUUACAACGUUACUAUGAGUAAAAAUAAAGCUUAGUAUUAUGGUUACUGUUUGUUCUUAAUGUCUUUAUAUGUGGUUAUUGUGGAAAUAAAAAUUUUAAUUUAAUGCA